GUAAUUCGACCCUCUGUUUUGCAGCACGUUAGUUGUGGGCUAAUGUUAGCUGGUGUCAGUAUUGGCUCGUCACUAAAGCUGCGCUGGUGGACAUAUUUCGAUGUGUUGGUGGGUGAUGGCGGCUGGAUGUUACACAGCAGCCGCAGGGUCCGAUACACUCAUCGAUGUCAAUAAUCUGCUGUAUCAUCGUCACGUCAAGGUGAUUUCUAUCAGCAGGUUUCUGUAGUUUGAGGCCCGAGACGGGAAUUUCCCACCUGCAGACCGCAACGUCACGGGAUCACGUGCAGCCCCCAGGAUGCAGAGCACCACCAACUACCUGUGGCUCAUCUCAGACCUGCUGGGUCAGGGAGCAACGGCCAACGUUUACCGCGGCAGACACAAGAAAACUGGCGACCUGUACGCAGUCAAAGUGUUUAACAACCUGAGUUUUCUGAGGCCGCUCGACGUCCAGAUGAGAGAGUUUGAGGUGCUGAAGAAACUCAACCACAAGAACAUCGUCAAACUGUUCGCUGUGGAGGAGGAGUCCAACACCCGGCACAAGGUCCUGGUGAUGGAGUACUGUCCCUGUGGAAGUCUCUACACGGUUUUAGAGGAGUCGUCCAACGCUUACGGACUUCCUGAGGACGAGUUCCUCAUAGUUCUGCACGAUGUGGUGGCAGGUAUGAACCACCUAAGAGAGUACGGUAUUGUUCACCGGGACAUCAAACCUGGAAACAUCAUGCGGGUGAUCGGCGAGGACGGACGUUCUGUCUAUAAACUGACAGACUUCGGAGCAGCCAGAGAGCUGGAGGACGACGAGCAGUUUGUGUCUCUGUACGGCACAGAGGAAUACCUGCAUCCUGACAUGUACGAGCGAGCCGUGCUGAGAAAAGAUCACCAGAAGAAAUAUGGAGCCACGGUGGAUCUGUGGAGCAUCGGGGUCACGUUCUACCACGCCGCCACCGGCAGCCUCCCGUUCAGACCGUUUGAAGGGCCGCGCAGGAACAAAGAAGUCAUGUAUAAAAUCAUCACAGAGAAGCCCUCUGGGACGAUCUCCGGCCACCAGAAGUGUGAGAAUGGCAAGAUUGAGUGGAGCACGGAGAUGCCGGUGUCCUGCAGUCUGUCCAAGGGUCUUCAGAGCCUCCUGACUCCGGUCCUCGCCAACAUCCUCGAGGCCGAUCAGGAGAAGUGCUGGGGCUUCGACCAGUUCUUCGCCGAGACCAACGACAUUCUGCACCGCACCGUCGUCUACGUGUUCAGCCUGCAGCAGGCCACGCUGCACCACGUCUACAUCCACGAGUACAACACGGCGGCGCUGUUCCAGGAGCUGUUGUCCCGCAGGAGCAGCAUCCCGCUGCACAACCAGGAGCUGCUGUACGAGGGCCGCCGCCUCGCUCUGGACGCCAACCGCCAGGCCAAGACCUUCCCCAAAACCUCCAGAGACAAUCCCAUCAUGCUCGUGAGCCGCGAGUCUGUCGCCACCGUGGGACUCAUCUUUGAAGACCCCAGUCCUCCUAAAGUUCAGCCUCGCUACGAUCUCGACCUGGACGCCAGCUACGCAAAGACGUUUGCAGGUGAUGUCGGACAUUUGUGGAAAACCUCCGAGUCUCUGCUGGUUUAUCAGGAACUGGUGCGGAAAGGAGUUCGAGGACUGAUUGAGCUGAUGAAGGAGGACUACAGUGAGAUUCUGCACAAGAAGUCUGAGGUUUUCCAUCUGUGCAACUACUGCACUCAGAUCCUGGAGAGGACUGAGCAGCUGUUUGAGGUGUUGAUGCAGGCCAACAUGCUGUCCUCAGAAUACGACGAGAUCUCAGACAUGCACAAGAAAAUUCUCAGAAUCUCAGGCUCUUUGGAGCCCAUUGAACGAACAACACAAGACGUCAAGGCCAAAUUCAUCCCAGGAGGCCUGCUGACCGACACCUGGACACAGCAAGUGGGGACACACCCCGAGGACAGGAAUGUGGAGAAAAUCAAAGUGCUGCUGGACGCCAUCACCGCCAUCUACCAACAGUUCAAGAAGGACAAAGCAGAGAGACGUCUGCCGUACAACGAAGAACAGAUCCAUAAAUUUGACAAACAGAAGUUGGUCCUUCAUGCCAGUAAAGCCAGAUCUUUGUUCACAGAGGAGUGUGCCAUGAAAUAUCGGCUCUUCAUCUCCAAGAGUGAAGAGUGGAUGAGGAAGGUUCAUCACGUGAGGAAGCAGCUGCUCAGUCUGUCCGGUCAGCUGAUCAGCAUCGAGAAGGAGGUGACCAUGCUGAUGGAGCGAGCUAUCAAGCUGCAGGAACAGCUGCCUCAGAAGGUUCUUCCUCUGGUGUCCAGUGGGAUGAAGUCUCAGGCCUACUUGAGUCAGAACACACUGGUGGAGAUGACGCUGGGGAUGAAGAAGCUGAAGGAGGAGAUGGAGGGAGUCGUCAAGGAGCUGGCUGAGAACAACCACUUCUUAGAGAGAUUCGGGACUCUGACGCUGGACGGAGGCCUGAGGGGUUAAGACUCGGCGUUUGUCCCCCGAAGCUUCCUGUAAAUACUCUGUGUUUAUCUUGUAAAUAACGUGAGACUGUAAGACGAAGCUUUUUGUAUGAACGGUUCUUCAUUCGGAUCGGAUCAGACCAGUCGGCGGGAUCCGGUCACCGACGUGUUGACGUACCGACUGCAGCAGAAACGCUUUCAGAAGGUUUCACCUGAUGACAAGUGAAGGAGCUCAGGCAACAAUCAUUAAAGGGACAGUUCACCCCCUAAAUCAAAACCAAACUCGUUUCCUCUGCUGUGGUGGAGUUUUGUCUUGUCCGCUGUAGACACGCCUGCUUUCUCUACAGUAUGAUGGAAUCAGACGGCACAAAGGAACUAUUUUCUUAGUGUAUCACUGCACAGAAGGUGCGAAUAGACACACUCUUGCUUGUGCGCGGUGAUACACAAAGAAAGUAGUUCCUUUGUGCCAUCUGGACACCUUUAGAACUCUGCAGCUCAGACCAGAACUGUCCGGAUGGAUGAGCUGCUCUACAGGGCAAAGGAGGAACCAACGUACUUUUGAUUUAGGGGUGAACUGUUCCUUUAAAGUACAUGUGAAAACACAGCAGACACCUGAUAGUGAAAUGAGAGGCUUAAAAUGUUGAGGAUUUUUAAAAUCAUUUUGAACUGAAUGUUGUUUUACUCGUUAAACAGUGAACAAAAUGCAUUCAUAAAAUCUAAUCCAUUCAAAUAAAUUUAAAAUUGAGGUAAGUUUUCUUGUCAUGUUAUUUUGUAAGUAUUAACAAAUAUUUUUUCCUCCCUUAAUUAAAACUAAACUGAUAAAUUCAUCAAUCCCUGUGGAAUAUCAUAAUGCUAAAUUUAAACAGAAAUCAUCAUGAUUCCUUUGUAGGUGAAGAAACUUCAGAAGCUUCAGUUCAUUAUCAGUGUUUACUUGUCGGGUAUUUAGAACACACUUCACGUGUUAAUGGGGAUUUUUAAGGAUCUU